AGCUGUGAGCCUAUCUACAUGUACGUUUUUGCAAACGCAAUCUGUUGGGCGGCAGUAGCCACCCAACAAGAGGGAUGUAUUAUAGGACACUUUUCAGGAAUUUUUACACCCAUAGAACAAGCUUUCACUUCUUGUGAACGUAACAUAUGUGCUUGUGCAGCAGCUGUAGAAAAACUCUAUUCACAUGUAAUUGUUCCCAGUGUUACCAUAUACACCUCACAUGACGUGCCAGCACUACUCAAAAGUAAUACAUUACACUUUGUGCCUGCACGCGUAGGACAAUGCACGGCUGUGCUCCUACGAAGUCACAUUUCUUUCAAAGGAAUGCCUCCAACUAAUCCUUUCAAUAAUCUUAAAGAUUUAUUGUUGUUCUCGGCUGAGAACCAUGAUUGUACCUCUGAGGAAAUUCCAGAGGAACGUCCCUUUAUGGGUAUUGUCCCAGUAACAGAUUUACCACCGUCACAUGUUGUAAUUUUCUCUGACGGUUCACAGACAGAAACACAUACGGGCUUUGCCGUGUGUCAGAUAGAUCCUGACACCAAAGAAAUUAUACAGAAAAAACAAUAUGCAUUACCACCAGAUACAUCAGCCCAAUUAGCAGAGAUAGCCGCCGCCUUAGAAGGUUUCCGGCUCAUGAAUGACAAAACGGAGUUCUGUAUACAGACUCAGCUUACGUCACUACCACCAUACAUACAAAUGUAUCUAAAUGGCACAAGAGAGGUUUUGUUACAGGAAAAGGAACCCCACUACAACAUCAUGACACGAUUCUUGCUAUAAUGGAAGUACUACAGGAAAGACACAACAAAGGUUUAAAAACAUCCUGUGAAUGGGUAAAAGCACACCAACAUAAUGUCACAGAUAUUGUCGCAUACGGCAAUCAGAUAGUUGACGAACUAGCAAAACAAACCACAAACCCACUAACCAUUUUUGUACAAACACGAGCUAAGAAAUAUCUUUCCACUUCUAACCCUUUUGCACCCAUCAGAGUAAUGCAAGAAAGUGCCACUAGUGCAGAAACAGACAAAUGGGUGGCUAAUGAGUGCUCUCAUUACUAUCACAAUAAUGAGCCUCCAUAUAUUUGGAUGCACCCUUCAGGUGUACCAGCAUUACCCAUAGGUGAGUGCCACCUAUUGGCCCACCAGUUACACUACGGGUCACAUAUGCCAACAAAUGACUUGAUCAAUACUAUAAGGGAAAUGUACUGGUGCCCAGAUUUAAAAGAUAUUUGUAAAGCUGUGGUCAAUACUUGUAAUGUUUGUUUUACCAACACCAGUCAUCAAACUCCAAGGAUUCCUCCUGGAGCGAUUCCAAGGCCUGCUGGCCCCUUCAGAGAAUGGCAUAUCGAUUUCACGGACAUGGUAACUCCUUGCAAAGGAUACAGGUCGGAGAUCUAGUCUACAAGAGAAAUUUUACUCGUAGCCGUUGGGACCAACCUAUAUAUUCCGGUCCUUUUAAAAUACAACAGCUCUCCCCCACUGCCGUAUUACUUGAAAACCACGGGACAUGGAUUCAUCUUCGAGACUGCUUGCCUUGUCCUUCUGUGUUUCCUACUUCCUCUCCACCCCCAUAACAGCAUUAUGGGCUGACAAUGAACUUUUAAAACUGCACAGUACUGCUGCCAUGAUUGAAAAUAAGACUGACUGUUGGGUUUGCUCACAUAUUCCUACUCACAGCCUCGGUACCCCUAUCCUUGGGGUCCCCUUUACAUGGACUGAUUUUGAAGACAGAUAUGUGAUGGACUUUUCAACUCUUGAUCCAGAAUUGUCUAAAUAUAGGGAAAUUUCUGGUAAAGGUGAUGAAAUAAUGAAAGCACCCCCAGCUCUUAUUUUGGCAGGAAUAGUACGACAUCCUUCAGUAUGUUUCACUGUUUUUAGUAGGAAAACACGGGUGACCAUUAAUGGUAAACAAAUAAGGAUUCCUAAAAUCCUUAUAGGAGAAACUACAUGUAACUCAACCGAUUUAAAUAUUACUCAGGUCCCCACACAUUAUGAAGCAGCCACCACAUAUGCACAUUGUGUUGAUGAAACAAAAGUAUCUUCUACUAUUGAGCCCUGCCUUUCUUGGGCCAAUAAGAGUUUAGAAUGGGAUUUAGAUUAUAUAGAUGGUCCUGCUCACUAUAACAUAAAAUUUUUAACACUUCAGAUUAGAAAUCAGGGUUUUCACCGCCCCAUGGUGCUUCCUUCAGGGACUUAUUACAUCUGUGGUAAGAAAGCCUAUGCAUGGUUGCCCAUGGGAGCCGAAGGUAGAUGUACUAUAGGAAAUGUAAUCCCAGCUGUUAGAACUAGAACAGAAUUAUCUGCUACCUCACUUAUUGAUACACACUCAUCCGCUGUUUUAAACCUUAAGAUACAGAAAAGGGAACUGUUUAAUGAUAAAGAUAAGGCUUGGGCUUUCUUCCCUGCCUGGACAGGUUGGGGAAUAGAAAUGAUGGCUCGCCUUAAUGAAUAUGCUUCCCUUCUUGACCGCAUGAUUAACAACACUGUAAUAUCGGUCCUUGCAAUUAAUGUAGAACUAGCUCAGAUUCGUAAAGUAGCCCUUCAGAAUAGAAUGGCCCUAAAUUUCUUGUUAGCAGAACAAGGUGGAGUCUGUGUUUUAGUAGGAGAAGAAUGUUGUACCUACAUUAAUGACUCUAAAUCGCUGGUUGAAUCUCAUAUGGCCAAGGUUUUCGAAUUGCAAAAACAAGCCAGGGAUAUUUCAAAAAAUGGUUUUAAUCCCUUUACAUGGUUAGGUAAUAUUGGUGGAUGGUUAAAUGAUUUCCUUGGAAGUUUCUUUAAACCCAUCCUAGUUAUUUUAGCUUUGGCUCUUGGCCUGUAUCUUGUUGUUAAAGUAAUGAUAUGUGCCAUAAGCCGCUGUACCUCCUCCCCAGCUUCUGCUCUACUUUGAUUUACAUUUAUAAGAUAUAACUUUUCUCAGCCUUAUAGGGGAGGUUUGACCAAAAAAAAAAAAAAAAGUGGGAUCUUAGCAUUUUUAGCUUC